CUCGGGGUGCGCGGCGCGGCUGAGCUGACCGUUUCUUUGGAGAAGAAAAACUGUAAGAUGGCAGGCAAAGGAAGUAACACAGACUGCAUGUCAUGCAGUGUACUGAACUGGGAGCAGGUCAGCCGUCUGCAUGAGGUUCUUACAGAGGUGGUUCCGAUCCAUGGACGAGGUAACUUCCCAACGCUGAAGAUAACUCUGAAGGACAUUGUUCAGACUGUUCGGAGUAGGCUGAAUGAAGCAGGCAUUGUGGUACAUGAUGUCCGUCUGAAUGGCUCUGCAGCUGGUCAUGUCCUGGUCAAGGAUAAUGGGCUGGGAUGCAAAGACCUGGAUCUCAUUUUUCAAGUUUCUCUUCCAAGUGAGGCAGAGUUUCAGUUAGUUCGAGAUGUGGUGUUGCGAUCCCUCUUGAAUUUCUUGCCAGAAGGAGUAAGCAAGCUAAAAAUUAGUCCAGUAACACUGAAGGAAGCGUACAUCCAGAAGCUAGUCAAAGUGUACACAGAGUCUGACCGCUGGAGCUUGAUAUCACUUUCCAACAAACAUGGCAGGAAUGUGGAGCUGAAGUUUGUAGACUGUAUACGGCGACAGUUUGAGUUCAGUGUGGACUCCUUCCAAAUCAUACUGGACUCCCUGCUCUUUUACUAUGACUACUCAGAAACCCCCAUGUCGGAGCACUUCCAUCCAACUGUGAUUGGGGAGAGCAUGUAUGGAGACUUUGAAGCAGCUUUUGAUCACCUCCAGAACAAGCUGAUAGCUACCAAAAAUCCUGAAGAGAUCCGAGGUGGUGGGCUUCUGAAGUAUAGUAACCUCUUAGUACGAGACUUCAGGCCCAUGGAUAAGGAUGAGAUCAAAACAUUAGAGCGCUACAUGUGCUCCCGAUUCUUCAUAGACUUCCCAGACAUCCUGGAUCAGCAGCGCAAACUAGAGACCUACCUCCAGAACCACUUCUCCAAAGAAGAGAGGAGCAAAUACGACUACCUCAUGAUUCUGCGCAGGGUGGUGAAUGAGAGCACAGUCUGUCUCAUGGGACAUGAGCGAAGGCAGACUCUCAACUUGAUUUCUCUGCUAGCACUCAAAGUACUGGCAGAACAAAACAUCAUCCCUAAUGCCACUAAUGUUACCUGUUACUACCAGCCAGCACCUUAUGUUAGUGAUGUAAACUUCAGCAACUACUAUCUUGCAAAUGCUCCUGUGCCGUACAGCCAGUCCUACCCCACUUGGUUGCCUUGCAAUUGAUUGUUUCACUUGAGUGUUCUUGAGUGGAGGCUACUGAAGGCCAAGAUGCUGAGUGUAUAUAGACCAGAAAUAACUGUCAGUUGGAGGUUUUCUAAUGGAAACAUGACUGCAUCGGACUGUCCAUUUCCUGGUGUGCAGUAGGAAUAUGCAACCAGGUGACCUGCUAUGAACCUUUGAGUACAUCUCUACAAAUGCCAAGAAGCCUUAUUACUCCUUCAUUAGGAGAAGAGAACCAGCAGCCAAAUGUUAAGAGAAGUAGUUACAAAACUCUCUGUACUAGUUCUGGAAGUGGCUAUUAACAUGUGAUCUAAGUGGAGUAUUCAGUAAAUUGGGUUAGUUAAUAGAGGAAAGACUGUAAAAUGCUUGAGUGGAGCAGAAGCCACUCCUGGAGUAGCAACAAAACUCUGCUUUCUAUUGCCUAACCUCAUUACUCUACACUUCCUCAGUUCAAGUUCUGGCCAACUUUCUAUUGAACUAAUUGUGCAAGAGUGGGCUUGUGUCGUGCUUGGGCUGCUUCUACUUUCUGGCUGUGUAGAACUGAUAAGAGUAUGGAUACUGUCUGUCUUGUAGAGGGCCUAAAUGUUUCCUGUAGUACUUAGGGAUAUAUGGUCCUGCCUCAAGUUCAAGAUUAACUUCUUGGAAGUUGAAGAUGGAUUAGUAAGUCUAUCUCUAAAGCAUAAGCUGGCUAAAUUUUUCUUGAGCACAAAAAUUUGGAAGGUGGCACCUCUAAACAUGCACCAAAACACAAUCUAAAACUUGCUAAUGUGAAAAGUCCUUGAAAUGAGGAAUUGAAGCCUUAAAUAGAAUUGUAACCACAGUUUGAAUAGUUAGGAUGGAAAAACACUGUUAAGUCCAGGCUCAAGAUAAAGCCUUUUUGACUGUAUCUUUCAAAACAAUUAUUGGCACAGUUGGAAAGUAGUGCAGCUCUUACACUGAGGUUUGGCCCAACUUUAUUCCUCAUAGGUCCACAGCAAGAAAAAAAAAACAAACAAAAAAAAACCCCACUGUAAGUUGCAGGAUGACAUGCAUUCCUGCCACAGUAUAGAUUCCUAAAGUGCCUCCUAAAAUGAAUUUCUUCUUGUACAACUUCAGGCAGGUCCUGAAGGCUUGUCUUUCUGUCACCACUUAAGAGUUGAGUUUACUAGUUUAUCACUAUCACCUGGUCACUGUAUGAGAUGGUAUUUUGAGUGGUUAGAGUCAAAUUCUUCCUUUUUACUGGUCUUAACCCUCACUUGAAGAGGUAUAUAAACCCUAAGCAGAGCUCUCCACAGAGGGUGUAUGUGGUGAAAGUCUGCCCCUGUUUUCAGAAUAGCCUCUGGAAGAGUAUGUACUCCCUUGGAGGUACAGGAGGCUGACCUUCCUAAAGGGUAUGUGCUGAACUUGCUGCUUUGAAACUCCUGUGCUUUAUAAGGAAGGUUAAAAAUUCCCCAGUUAUUCAUAUAGCGGUGUUAGAAACUGGUAUAUUAGCUGGAUGAUUUUCACUGAAUUGCAAUAGUAAAAUAUGUAUAGCAAAUGAUCUUGAGUUUCCUUUGCUUAACUGGAGAAGUAGACUAGAAAGGCAAAUCUUAGAGCUAUUUAAUAUGUACUGGUGCACUGUUUAAGAAUACUUGUUUGCUAAACCUUUUUUAUGACUUCUAGCUGUCUCUGCAAGCUUGAGACCAAAGUGCCUGAUCAAACAAAUGAUUUUAGCUUAGAAGGUGAAGCAGAAAGCAGGUGAAACACCAAUGUAUGGUUGCUGUUCAAGGUGGAAAACAGUAGCAGUGCAGCACUUAAGUGGCAGGAAAAAACUGCCUGUUCCUCAUAGGACCAAAAACUUCUAGUUACAUUGCAAGUUCUCUCACUUUUCAUAACUACUUCAUAAAGACUGCCUCAAAGCAGUGAGGCUACUCUUUUGUUCAGACUUCUUCAUUUAGCUUAAGAAGGCAGGGAGGGAUACAAUCUAGAAAGCAGACUGUAGCCAAGCAUGCUUUAGCUUAAUUUUUUUGAACAGCCUUGUAAACAACAUCAGUAGCAAACAGACAAAUAAUUUGGUGUCUUCUGUUGUGGUUUUUUUCAUUAAAGGCUUCCUGAGUAGUCAGCCGAAGUAGCUAAACUUGAAAGUGAACCCAGCCUUUUUCACUAACUGUGGCUUGGACUUGAUGUAGCUUACAGACAAGGCAUCUCUCACCCAAGACUUUGACUAUUUGGAAGGCUUUUUAAAAACUAGUAUGAUGCCAGUGUUGUCGUGUGUUAAACUUAGUGCAAGCUUACUGCUGGAAUGCAAACCUAGGCAUGAAUAACAUCUGCAUGUAAGGUAAUACUUGGCCUAGUAUAGAGUAUCACUAGAAAGAAGGAAGUCUUUUGCUUAGGAGUUUGUAAUUGCUAUCAUCUCUUAAAUAGCUGUUUUUAAAGUCAACCUGAGCUAUACUCAUUGCAGAAGUAAACCAUUGCUUAGAGGAACAUUAUUUGAUUUGCAUAUCAAAUAGCUUAGACUCAUAUACCUGUCUUGUGCGAUCUCAUGGCUGAUCUUUAGAAACUGUUCUGUGCAUCGGCUUGUGUGGAUGAAGUGGUCAGAUGCUUAGGAGGAGUCCUCACAAGCUUGAAACAAACAGACUUAUGUUUUGCUAGUCUUUGAAUGCCUUGACUGCUGAACAUCAGGCCAGGUGCAUCUGUUGGAAAAGGAAGUGCUAGAAAGAAGGCUCUAACGGAUCCCUACUGAGAUAGAGCUAUGGAGAACUUAAGCUUCCUGCCACAAAUAUUGUGCUUUUGCUCAUGUAACCUGUUGCUGAGGCCUCUAAGGAAGUUUUACGUUGAAUGGCUGCUCUCUGAACAGCUGGCUCCUGGGUUUGAGCUUUGCAGGACUGCUGUGUUCCCUGUGUUCCCUUUUAAGUUGCUCUGGCAUAUUAGAAAUAUUGAUGCUUUGUAGCCUGGACGCUGGAUGUUAAGCUCUUGAAUAGUUAAACGGUAUCCUGAAGCUGCACACUACCUACUGCAUUGGCCCUACUGUAUAAGGGAUUGCUGGGACACUGUUGGUCUCAUUGCCUUCAAAAUAAUCCUGGCUUGGCAGGUAAAGCUGGAAUACUCAGUAGCUUUUCAUCACUGUUGCAAGCAGUCUACCCCUUUCUGUUUCAAGUUGUCCUAGCAGCCUGAUGUUGCAUGUGGCAGUGGCUUAAUUUGAUGUGUGCUAGCUGGUUUGAGCUGAGGUUUAUGGUGGCCCUUGUAGCAAGGAGUAACAUGAGAAUGAGCACUAGGUAAAAGUUAAAAGUGAUGACCCUAGGCCAAGUCUAGGCUGCCUGCUUGGUUCAGUCUCCCUUCAGUACUUAAUGAUGCCUCUGCAAACCUGCUCAAUCCUCUGUUACUCACUUGUGUCAAGUGGAGGUUAGAGAAAGACUACUGUACUUCAGACUAUACCCUAACACAUUCCCUCUGGGCAGUGGCAUCAAAACAAAGCUGCAGUAACACUAGACUGCAGAUCUUGUAUCAGUGCAUCAUUCCUCAGGAUUAGGCUUCUAGUAAACUAGACUGUGCAGUUAAAAUAGCUGUUUUCUUCCUGUAGCUUAAACUCUGCUGGGCUAAGCCAGUCUGAGAUUAAGCAUCUGUUAAUAUUUAUUGCCAAGUCUCCCUUGACUUACAGUUUAUUGGUGUGACUUCCUCAUUGUAAGAUAGCAUCUUUAUCAAAUAAAAAUAAUCUACCAAGGAGACCUAGUAGUAGACUGCAUUUUAGUCACUUUGGUAAAAUCCCUAUGCUGAUCCAUGGUCCUUCUGAAAAGUUGUAAGGUAAAGCAUACUUCAUGCUCCCUCAGCUCAAGAUUUAAUUGCUGCUGUGUUUGUCCUCAGCUAAUUCAGUCAGUCACUAAGCUGGAGGUUGAAGACUGCUGCUUGCUUUUAAGUAACCAUUUUUCAAAAGAUCCUCACACUUUAACAUUAAUAAUCUUGUCUACAAAGCAGUAGGUGGUAUUUAAAUCUAGUCCAAAUACCUAAAGCUUUUUAUUGAAACUUAAAGACCCAUAUUUUGGGAUUGAGUUCUGGGGUUAAGCAUUUGGUAUAUUUUAUGCCUAGGCUUUGUGGGUUUCUGAUCACUAGAAUAACUACUAAUGUUGGUAGUGAUCUCUGCUUAUCACUAUAUGAGUGCUUGGGAAAAGGCCUCUUAGAAGAGAACUCAGACAAAUUGCUUCAAUUCUAAGCUGUCAGUGUACUGAUGGUACUUGUUUACUAUCCCUCUUGCUCAACUCAUUCAAUCAGGGUGCCAUAAUUGUUAGGCACAGGAAUAAGCAAUAAGUUGACCAUAGUCACUGGCAACUUGGUCUGAUUUGGGCAUUGGGAGAGCCAAAUCAAUAGUAAUACUUCUAGCCUUUGCAUCUAAGUCUUACUCAACCAUUUGUUAAAUAUGGUGAAGUGUAUUUCAUAUAUGUUCUUUAAUUUCAAUAAAGCUAGUUAUAAGGUGGGAUGCUGGGCUGUAGUUGUAGAAGCUUUGCGGGGAAUGGUUGGAGCACUCUGUUUUUUCUCACUUGUAUUGGAAGAGAAGGCCACUCACUGUAGUGUCUGGAUUGGGCUUGUCUCUUUCUGAUUAAAAUUGCACUUUCUGUUGAAAUUUAGAAGGCCUUUUUUCUAUGUUUAUCUCUCAUUAUUUUUUGCUAUUAAAAGAAGUCAGCUCUUGGAAAAUCUGUCUCAUACCUCUUUGGAAGAAGUGAGUCUUUUUUUUUUUUUUUUUUAAGCUGGCAAAACAAGGUACCAGAAAUAUUUGGAUUUGUGAUGAGCCCAAAUGUGAGAUUGGUCACAGUAACUUUGUCUACUGUUCUGCACUGUGGUGUUCACUUGUCAUUCUUGGAAAUUGGAUUUUGGACCUUCAUGAUUCUGAAAUUCUUGUGCAAAUAAACUUAUGCUAAACAUUG